CAUCCUAAAUUUGGCUGGAUUUGGCUUUCUCUGCUUGGUCACGAUCAUGAAAGUGGUGUAAUUCAUGCGGAUUCGGAUUUCCAAAGUUUUCUACUCAACAAUAAGAAGAAGCUCGACGAAUCUUUCGUGAUCUUCAUGGGAGACCAUGGCCUGCGUGGUGGCAAGGUAACUCGUACGAAACUCGGCAGUCUAGAGAUGAAUAAUCCGAUGUUCUCGAUGUCAGUACCAAAAUCGCUUCGAGAAAACACAGACAUUCUCAAUAUUCUUCGGGAAAAUGCAGCUCGUCUACAGACACCCUACGAUAUUCGUGCAACUCUGCUGGAUAUUCUCAAGUACCAACCUGCUGCAAACUUCACUGAUCGGCAAUACAUGAAAAUCCCUGGAGAAUACGGUGCAUCAUUUUUGCGAUCACAAACUGAUGAGGAGAGGACAUGCAAAAAUCUGCCGAUUCCCAUCUCGUACUGCACAUGUCAAUAUCCUAUGAAACAGCUGGACAGGUCGGUGCCACAGGCUACGGAAGCAGGAAGAUACCUCUUGCAGCAUGUGAACUCAGUUCUCAGGGAACGUAAUGUGACUGAUCUCUGCGAAACUUUGCGAUACCGCUAUGUA